AUUCAUAACUUCUAGACGGUCUAGUAAUGUCAGCGCCUCGGGUUAUAAACUACCAUCUAAACCCUAGUGCUUAAAGUUUAUACUAUAGAGUAACUUAAACAACGUAUUAAAAGGCACAUCUUUAUUCAGUGCAUAUAGUAACAACGUAAGAAAUUAUACCACUUGUAAAUGUUCCCCAAAACAACUAUUAUCUGCUCAGUAUUGCUUUCUCUGGCAAAUGCAAAUAAUACAGAAAUUGUAGCUCAGACUAGCGACUCCUAUAAUCCACAUAAAAGAGAAUACCUCGCAGAUGGCGCUUCAACAGACUUGUCCUAUCUGCAAUACGUCAAUACACAUCCUGCUGGGCAGUCGUACGAGGGUGAAUCGAGCCAGGCUCAGGCUCCCAGUCAAAGAGUUGAACCAAAACAUUACAGAGAGUACCUCCCUGGCGCAAACAUUGAUGACAUCGCCUAUCUACAAUACGUCAAUACACAUCCUGCUGGACAGUCUUACGAAAGCGACUCGAGCCUUGCUCAGGCUCCCAGUCAAAGAAUUGAACCAAAACAUUACAGAGAGUACCUCCCUGGCGCAAACAUUGAUGAUAUCGCCUAUCUACAAUACGUCAAUACACAUCCAGAAAAAUCUUCCUAUGAUAGUUCUUCAUCUAGCCAGUACCUGGUAUCCGAGCAAAACAAUGGACCAAAAUUGAAUGUCAAUCAGCUAGACAGUCUUAACCCUAAUCAAAACCAAUACCUUACAAAGAGCAACUAUCCUGAUUCAACUACCCAACAAUAUACUAACAGUUAUCAGGACGAAACUAAUUCACGUUAUUAUACCCCCCUUUCUAUUAAUAAUGACCCCACCAUCAGUACUUAUCAAUCUCAAGAAAGCUAUAACACUGCAAACUAUAUGCCUAACCCUAUUCAUAGAAAUAAUCCGCCCAAGGGUCAUUAUAAAGGUCAAAACUAUUUCUAUGGUCAGAAUAACGUCGCUCAAGUAAACCCUAAUGCAGGAAUUAACAACUUAAAUGAACCCAACUAUGAGAAUAGGAACAAUUAUCAAGAGCAGAAUACUUACCCGAAUCAGAAUAGCCACCCAACCCAGAGAAACCACCAACGCCAGAAUGCCUAUCAGAAGCAUGUCAACUCUGCUAAUGGUAACAAUUAUCGAAGUCACAAUAACAGCCCAAGGCAGAGAAAUUUCCCAAUACAAAAUUACUUUAUAGGCAACACUCCAAACCAAAGUAAUGUCCCAAACAAUUAUCCGAGCCAGAACAAGUACGGUGGUCAAAGCAUCUAUCCAAGUCAGAACACUCCGAAAACUUCUCUGUCUGCAUUCAAUUAUCCUACCAACAGCAAUAUUCCAAGCCAGACAAGUUACUCAGGCCAGAACAAUUAUGCUAGUCAACACAACCAAAGCCCUGGACCUUAUUAAACUAUCGACACAACGAUGUAUCUAGCAGAGGGAACAACGAUGACAACCAGAAUCCAAAAAGAUUUGAUAUUAAAAACAAGUUUGAAUAAAGGAAACGAAAAAAAAAAAAAGAAAAGAAAAAAAAAAGAGAAAAAAAAAAAAGACUUAGUAAU